ACUUCACUUAUAGUAAGCUGACAAACCACAAAAAGCAAAACCAAAUUCGAGUUCAGACCUACUUGAUUAUCAUUACAAACACUAUUUGGAUCAAACACAAACACUAUCUGGAUCAUGUCAUCGAUGGAUACUUCGAGUACAUGUUCAGAUCCAUAUCUAUUCAGGUCAAAUUUCCAAAACUCUCCUUUGUCAGAGUCAGAUGCUUGUACCCGACAGGGUGCGACGCAUUCUGAUGGAGAAACCAUCAUACUGGCGUCAAGCCGGCCUAAGAAGCGUGCUGGGAGGAAGAAGUUCAAGGAGACGAGGCACCCGGUGUACAGAGGAAUUAGGAGGAGGAACACCAACAAGUGGGUUUGUGAGCUCCGCGAACCCAACAAGAAAUCAAGGAUUUGGCUAGGGACGUACCCAACUGCUGAGAUGGCUGCGAGAGCUCACGAUGUUGCGGCUUUAGCUCUCAAGGGUCAGCUGGCUUGCUUGAAUUUCGCUGACUCGGUGUGGAAAUUGCCUGUCCCUGUUUCCAAGGAUGCCAAGGACAUUAGAAGUGCAGCUGUGGAAGCAGCAGAAGCAUUUCGGCCGUCAGAUCAUCUCUGUAAUGACAAUACGGGGUCCAGAGUUGAAGAAAAGAUUUUAUCCGAUGGAGUCUCUGGCACCAAGGUAUGUCAUGAUGGAGCUUCAAGCAGCAAUGGGACUAGAGAUAAUGUGUGUCACAUGGAUGAGGAGGAAGAGAAGGACGCAAUUUUUGACAUGCAAGGAUUGAUUUUGGGCAUGGCAGAUGGGCCAUUGCUUUCACCACCUCCUUGCUUGGGUGCUCGUUUCAACUGGGAUGAUGUUGAAACUGAGAUUGAUGUUUCAUUGUGGACUUACUAAAUUUUUUUUUGUGGCUUCUAUGAGGUCAUUAUUUUUUACAAUUUGAUUCAAUUCUUUGAUGUAAUUGUUUUGAACCUGUUAUAGGUGUGAGAAAAGUUUUUAUGUACAGAAAUGUGUAGAUUUGAUUCUUUUAGGUGCACGAAAGAACAUGUUCUUCCUAUCAUUAAUCUACUUUGUAUUGAAGCUUUUAAUAA